AUGCUACCACCUCGACUGAACCCCACAUUCUUAACGUCUGGAUUUGGAUUCCUCCCUCGAUCUCACUCAUGUAUUCCCACGCUGCUGAAUCAUAAAGCGGGGUCGGCGAUCGCGCGGGGUAGAUUUUCGAGUUGUCGGAAUGGUAAUGGCAUCGGUAAUGUGCUAGGGAGAGACGUACAUGUACGCAACGCCUCAUCUUCGUCUUCGUCGACGAGAUGGAAAAGUCGUCAGGGAAAGGAUUCGUGGGCACGGGAGGCGAAGGUUAAGGGGUUGAAGAGUAGAGCGGCGUUUAAAUUGUUGGAGAUUGAUACGAAGUAUAAGAUUUUCAAAAGAGGACAGACGGUGGUGGAUUUGGGAUAUGCGCCGGGAAGUUGGUCUCAGGUACGUCUUCAUAUUCCCCCGGCCUCUUUCUCUACCUAUCUACACAUCUACAAAUCUACCUAUAUGUCUACCUAUCUACCUACCCACCUAUCCAUGCAUCCCACUCACCCUCCCCUCCACCAGGUAGCAUACUCGCGCACCCAACCCCACGGCCGCAUCCUCGGCAUCGACAUCAUCCCCGCGCAGCCUCCUCAAGGCGUCUCCACCAUCCAAGGAAACUUUCUCUCACGACGUGUCCAACAAUCCGUCAAGAAUUUCCUUCUCGAUCCCGACCGCGGUCGUCCGCGCAGACCUCUGUUCUCCUCUUCCGACGACGUCGAAAAUGACGAACACACCGACCAUCUCGAUAUCGCCGCCUCAGAACCAAGUUACAUAGAUCUAGAACGACACAUGGACGAUAAUGAUGCUGGGGAAAUCUCUUCCACCAGCGCAGCACCAGAACCGUCUCAGGAACCCGCAAAAGACACCACAAAAAUGGUUCACGUAGUACUAAGUGACAUGUGCGCCCCCUGGGAGCAAACCACCGGUUUUUGGAAGAGAAGUCUGAGUGACCCGUAUAAUAGGAUGAUGAACACGACCGGUAUCAAGUUUUCUGAUCAUGCGGGGAGUAUGGAUCUCUGCAACGCGGCUCUGCAAUUUGCCUUCGAUACGCUGAGACCUGGGGGUCAUUUUGUGUGUAAAUUUUAUCAGGGCGCGGAAGAUAAAGAGCUGGAGUUGAAGCUGAAGAAAAUGUUUGCUGUGGUGCAUAGAGAGAAGCCAGAAUCAUCGAGGAGCGAAUCCAAGGAAGCAUACUUUGUAGCUCUUAGGCGGAAUGGGUACAAUGACGCUGCAAGUUUAGGUUAUGUCAAUGAUGUGUAA